AUGGGAAAUUGUUGCAAGACGGUGUCGUCAAUGGAUUGGGGUGGUGAUGAUUGGGGUUCUUUGUCGUCUAAGCAUAAGAGAAAGAUCAGUUCAAAGGUGUUUGAUGAAGUUGAUGGGUUGAGUUUGGGGAACGUAGAGAAGGAGAGGCUUUCGGGUGCGCUGAAAGCUUCUACCGAUGCCAAUGGGAAAGUGAAGAUUAAGAUCUCAAAGAAGGAGCUGGUGGAGUUGUUGGGUGGUAGAGAGAUUGAGGAAGUAGGUGCAGGACAUGGUUCUUCUGCAGAACAAGUUCUGGUUCGCUUGAUGAAGGCCAGAGACUACGUGAAUAACGAGCACCAUGUACAUGAUGGCUAUCAUAGGACGUGGAGGCCUGUGCUACGUAGUAUUCCCGAGGUUAAUUAA